AUGGCUGACGCUCCCGUUACCCUGCGGACUCGCAAGUUCAUCCGCAACCCGCUCUUGGGCAGAAAGCAGAUGGUUGUCCCGCUCGAGGUUAUGAGGAAGAUUUCAGGAGAGAAGAAAACAGAGGAAAUAUAUGACAUCCUUCAUCCUAACCGCGCAAACAUCUCUAAGGAUGACCUGCGGACGAAACUUGGAGAACUCUACAAGGCCAACAAGGACCAAAUAUCAGUAUUUGGCCUCCGCACCCACUAUGGUGGUGGAAAGACCACCGGCUUCGCCCUUAUUUAUGACUCCACUGAGGCCUUGAAGAAAUUCGAGCCCCGUUACAGACUCGUCCGCUAUGGCACUGUCGACAAGAUUGAGCGACCAAGCAGAAAACAACGCAAGAGCAGCAAGAUCAGAGCUAAGAAGCUCCGAGGCACGGCUAAGGUUAAGGGUGUCAAGAAGGCCAAGAAAUAA